CGCCAGAGCACAGAGUGCACACAUUUCCUACUUCUCACUGUAAAUCCAUGGACACAUCACAGAUUCACAGUAAAGCUUCCUCAUUAAUGGCAAUUAAAGCUCCUCUCAACGCCCCAACACACCCCAACAAAACCAAAAAAUUCAAAAACAUUUAUUCAUCACCUCCCAACAAACUUUUCCCCCUUUCCGCACAAACAAAUUUAUAUAAACCUCCCAAAAAUCACACGGCCAGCAACCACAAAAAUGUCCUACUCCGCCACGCCAGCUGCAUUUCUGAUCCUAUUCGCGUUCGCCGCCGCCUCCGCGGCGAAGGUCCCGGCGGUGAUCGUGUUCGGCGACUCCUCGGUAGAUGCUGGGAACAACAACCAGAUCUCAACGGUGCUGAAGAGCAAUUUCCGCCCGUACGGCCGCGAUUUCUUCGGCGGACGGCCGACGGGGAGGUUCUCCAACGGGCGGAUCCCGCCGGAUUUCAUAUCGGAGGCGUUUGGGCUGCGGCCGUUCGUGCCGGCGUACCUGGACCCGCAGUACAAUAUCACGGAUUUUGCGGAGGGAGUUUGCUUCGCGUCGGCAGGGACUGGUUUUGAUAACGCCACCUCUAAUGUGCUCAGUGUGAUCCCACUUUGGAAGGAGUUGGAUUACUUCAAGGAUUACCAGAACAAACUCCGGGCCCACGCAGGCAACGCGAAAGCUGACUCGAUAAUCAGCGAGUCUCUCUACAUCAUCAGCUUAGGCACAAACGACUUUCUCGAGAACUACUACACUCUUCCGAGCACACGCUCCAAGUACACAGUUGACCAGUUCCAAGACUUCCUUAUUGGGCUUGCUGAGAAAUUCGUGAGGGACAUAUAUCGGCUGGGGGCCCGAAAGAUUUCCCUUACCGGGCUGCCCCCUAUGGGUUGCCUGCCGCUAGAGAGGACCACGAAUUUCGUCAAUGGUAACGGGGAUGGAUGCAUGGACGGGUACAAUGCCGUUGCCCUGCAUUUUAACGAGAAGCUGAGUGAUUUGGUGAAGAAGGCCAACGAGGAUAUGCCCGGGAUUAGGCUCGUUUUUUCCAAUCCUUACAAUGUUUUUAUGGGAAUCAUUCACAAGCCCUCGGCAUUUGGGUUUGAAGUCGCCUCAGUUGCAUGCUGUGCAUCGGGGAUGUUUGAGAUGGGAUACAUGUGUGAUCAAAUGAAUCCGUUCACGUGUUCGGAUGCAAAUAAAUACGUAUUCUGGGAUUCUUUCCAUCCAACGGAGAAAAUGAGUCGGGUUAUUGUGGAUUACCUGCUGAGCCAUAGCUUGCAUGAAUUUUUAUGAAAUGUUUGCUACUCUUAUUUGUUAUUAAUUAUUUGUGUUCUGUAUCAGGCUAUUUGUUGAUGUAUAUCUCCAGCAGCAAGUAGUGGCUACGUUUCUAUAUAAUCAUAUUCAGAAUUAGUAUAUGUAUUUUGCUUUCAAUCCUUGUUCCAUACUGAAAGAAGAGUUUAUGUAGUGUUUCCCUGUAUUCUCCUAGAAGAAUAGUGUUCUCUGUAUUUUCUAGAGGAAUAAUGUGAUAUUUGCUUGUUUUAUUUAUAUGGAUUCAGUUUGGAUAUUAGCAGAUUGAUGUAAGAGUAAUGGAUUGAACUUCACUCAAGGUUUGAACCUGUCAA